CUUAUUCUUUUCCGCCCCCAGGCAGGGUCCAUAUCGGAUCGCGAGGGCAGCAUUUUUGUGGCGUUGUGUGACGUGCGUCGCGUCCAUCCAACGAAUAUGGAUUGGAUUCAUGUGUGCGCAAGUGGACAGACAUCCAUGUCUUUCGGUACAUAGACCCAUACCAUGCGCACAUGUCAUGGCUUAUGCAGCGUGGCUGAUGGAUGAUGCGCCCUUGCCCAUGUUAUCUAUCUAUGUUGCCCAUAUGUGUGUGCGGCAGAAACGCAUUGAAAAUGACAGCGGUUCACUGAUGUGAUCUUCCAUCCACUGAUCGGUGUCUUCACUAUCCAUCCAUCCAUUCAUCCAGUCAUCUCACUGAUCGGCGGCCGUCGUCCGGCCGGCAGUGGUGAAGGCACACGCACUGUGCUGUGCGGGUAUGUCUGUACCCGCACCCUUCACCUCACUCGCCAAACCGGCGGUGCGCCGUGCUUCCAUCCACCUCACUCACAGGCAGGCAGGCAGACAUCCAGACAGACAGGCGGAGAGAAAAGGGUAGCCAGGCAGCCACACGUAUGAGAGUGCGCAGGAGAAAACGACGCCCAAACUAGGCAGGCAGGCAGGCAGACCAUCCAGGACAGGAGUCCGGCCGCGUUCACUCGCACCCCCCUCCCCCGAUCCCAUCCCUACUACUGACUUCCUUCCAGUCUGUCUGUCUGACCAAGAGAGCGCCCACUCACUCACCCACCCGUGGCACGCCCCAUGUGGAUGGCACUUGCACCAUCCCCCUCAUUCAUACAAAUACAUAACACGCACUCAUACACAGAGGAGGGAGGGAGGAAGGGAGGUACAUAGUCGCCACCCUCCCCCCACCCCCCACCCCUCUCCCUUAGUCGCACAACAAGAAACGACAACUGAACAGACAGACAGGCAGGCAGGCAGGCAGACGGCAAGUGAAAUCCCAAUGGUAGGCAUCGAUCAAUGUCAUUGUCAUUCCACUUGCCGGUCGCCCCGCGUCAACAGCUCAAUGGAAAAGAUGAAGAGAACCCUAAUUGGAGCCCACCCUCCCUGUCUUUGGUGUGUUGUGUCAGCGCCGUGCCCUGACUCUCUCUUUCUCUCUCCCUCUCUCGACUUAGACCAAAUCCACCCAUCCAUCCAUCCAUUCAUUCAUCCAAUGUGCCGACCCGCCCCGCCCGCAUACAUACAAACAAUGACAAGAAUGACUGUGGACUGGACAGACAGACAGACAGACAGACCCUGACUGACUGCCAUACACACAACCAUACAGAUCACAUGCAUCCCCAGCCAUCCAUCGCCGCUAGAAAAGUGAACUCCCUUCAAUCCAACAUUACAUUCAAUCAGUCAACUCAGUUGUGUGUCGCUUAUUCUUUCAAAAGUGAUUGAUGUAUACAACUCUUGAUCCAUCCAUCCAUCCACCAUGUUAGCCAUCCAUCCAGUUAGCCAUUCAUGCGGCCGGUCGGUCAGGCAAACAGACCACCGACCACCAACCAUCUCUUCAAUGAAGGAACAGAUGGUUGGGUGGCCGGGCAGGCAGGAAAAUGCCGAAAGGCCUCACCCAUCAUAUGCCCUCCCACACCCCACUCCCUACUGAGAUGAGUCGCCCACUCAGGAAGCAUUCACACGCUGUCCAGAAGACAGGAAGACGCAUGAACGAGCCCCCAGUGGCCACUGAGCCAGGAGGAAGAGAUUGCUGGUGUGUUAAGAGGGAGGGGUGUGUGUGUGUGUGGGUGGGUGAAGGUUUGUGUGUCUAUGUGAAGACCCUGAGGUGGUCCUUGACCUCGUAUCGGCACUUGGGGCACUGGGGCCGCUCUGACUCGCCGUCCACUCCCUCGAGGCUGCUCGCGUCCUGAUCUCUCACACACACAUCAUCAAUGUCGGUCUGGUGGUGUCUGUAUUUCCGUGUGUGUGCCUCUCACGUUGCAGAGUUUCUCGUAGCAGUCCUCACACAGUACAAAAUGAUUGCCUGCGCCAGACAGACACAAGACAACAAAGCAACACAACACAUCUCAUCUCAGCUCAGCUGGUGACCCUUGUGGGUGUGCGUGUGUGUGCGUGUGGCAGCCAGACGGCCUACAUGGUCGCAGGAGGAUGGCGCGUUCCUUCUCCAUGCACACUAAACAAAUCAGCCGCCUGCAACGAUCCAAACACAGCAACAAACAGAGGCAACACACUCAUCAAUCACGUCGGCUCCCCUUCCCCUCCCCCUCCUCCGUCUCUGCCCCGCUUAGCUUACUUUUCUUCCUCGACGAGGUGUUCUGCCUGUGGUGCGACCCUCAUGCGCCUGUCGAGCUGGUCCUCCUUGGGGAUCUGGAACGCCUGUGGCUGCGGCAGGUAGCUCUUGGGGCGAUUCUGCUCCAGCUCCUCCAUCCCGUGAGCCCAACGGCAGCGGGAAUUGUCGCAGCCACCUGCACACACCCACACACGCCCACAUCAACACAGACAGCCAGGUGGUGGGAUGAUGUGUUGUGGAUGUGUGUGAUCGGCUGACCUCUGAGCCACGCCUUGCAGAGGACCUUUUUCUGGAACACCGGUGUGGCGCGGAGCUCCUCCUUCGAGUGGGCAUAGCCGCACCGUACCUUGUGACACUGACCAUACUGCAGCCAGCAGACAAACAAACAGCACAACCAACCAACAAUCCACAUACUGCAUGCCGGCGUCGGGGGUCCACCGUGUGCGGGCAGCUCACUCACCGUCAUGAGGACAGGGCAGAGUGCAGUGCCUCUGAGGUCGGGAGGUCCCCGCUGCUCCUCAGGCCCAUGCGCAAACCGACAGUUGGCGCCGAGAGUGCACUUGCCCAGACGGUACCACCGGCAGAUGCUGCAGGAACACGCACAGUCACAGGUACCACACAACACACACGUUCCCUCCUCAUCGAGACACCCCGCGCAUCAGCCUCUCCUUCGUCCUGUCUGCCUCCGUGUCUCAUUUAUCGAUCCAUCCGUUGCCCUCCCCCCUGCCGCUGACCUAGUUUUGUAGAAUUGCCGGUGGUAGAGGGCUCGGAACGUCGAGGACGGCUCCAU